CAGCAUCAGCAGCAACAGCAGCAACAACAACUCCAGUCGAACUGUAUAACAAUGAGGAGAGAAGGAAGCUCCUGGAAUUGCUAGUCGAGACCAUCCAGCAGUCGAUAAACCGCAGCGCCAGCCCCAGGAGAGGAGAGUACCCCAGCAUCCAGACAGAAGGUAGUGGAACCAUCAGAGCAAAAUGCACGAGAGACAAGUGAAGAAACUGAAGGGCAGCCAUUAUGUGGCCACUCACGGCCGCCUCACACCUGACCCACCAUACGUCCACUCGAAUCGCGGCUACUCCACGGACGGCGAGGAGUCCCAUUCCCAUUCCCAUCGCGCCCCCUCCGAGCGCACCUACUCCGAAUAUACACUCACCCACGAUCGCAUUUCGCCACAGUCCCAGUAUAACUCGUCGCGGAAGAAGCGCUCCGCAAACGGACACCACCAGCACCUGCAGCACAGCUACAGCCACAGUCAGAUGGGCCUCUCCAGCUCCCCGGAUAAUGGGGGACCACGCUCGCUCAGCGGACCACCGCCCACACGUCAACCGCCACGAGCACCUUCCGCCCUUAGCUAUGAUCAUGGCGGCGACGGGGGCAGCGAUAUCUAUGUGACCAGUGCAGCUUACAAGGCGCCCUCGGAGAUCAGUCGAUAUAGCCAGCGCCCAGUGUCGCGUGGACCACCGCGUAGUGUCUAUUCGGUGGCCAGCACUGCCAAGACGGGACGGAGUGCUCGGUCUACCACCAAAAGGGGCGCCAAGAUCGAGACCAUGUCCGCUCCGAACCCAUUCUGUCCGAAUGUGAAGGGCGUCUGUUGUCUGAUGCUGCUGCUCAACUUGGGCCUGAUCCUGGUCACUCUGGGCUUUGUCAUCGUGGUGCAGUUCUACGAGCCGCUGUAUGUGUGGAUACUGGGCAUUGUGUUCCUGAUAUUCGGCUUCCUCACGCUGAUAGGCUGCAUGAUCUACUGUGUGUAUGUGUGCCGCGAUGCCAGGACUCCGUCGCAGGUGCGUAACGAGGAUCUCUACUGGACCCGUCACUGGCAGAAGAACAUCGGCUACACGCCCCAGGAGAUCAACUACAAAGCGGACAAAUACGAUGCCUAUUCGGAUCGGUACUCGGUUAGCAAGCUGAGCGGCAAGUACUCCGAUCGCGAGAGCCAGCGCUACUGAGGCAAGGAGUGAGAGGAACUAAUGUCAAAUAUGGAAUCAGAACUUCUUUGUGCUUUAUGGCAGUUGCAUUAUUUAAUUGGGAAGUGCUUGCGCCAUGAGAAAUUCGGAAAAAUCGAAACGAGCCUGCCUUGAAAUCUUCCUCGUGUAGGCAUAUAUUAAUAGAAAUAUAAAAACCACUUAUAUCUUAACUAAUUGUAAGACUAGGUACUAGUUCUAAACGGUUAUUAACAAGGCCCCUCAACGUACCUGCUGCAAGUUGCUUGCUAGUUUGUAUGUUAUAAGAGAGAUAUUGAAAGAAAACGAGAGGAUACACGAGAGUAUUGUAAUCUGCCAUAUUUGAGAAGGUUUACCGCUCGUUCGGCUAAUCAACUGUAACUGCAAAUGCUUAUAACACAUGACAAAUAAAUAAUACGAAUAAUAAAAUACAUAAUACAACCA